AUGCUUCUCCCCAUUUCUCUCUCGUAAACUAAAUUUUACUGUGCAAAUUCAUUCGAUUCCGAUUUAAGCUCUCAUCAGUUCAUCCGAUUCUUUCUCUCCCAAAAUUCUGCGUCAAUUUCUGGUCAAACGCUUUGAUCUUCCUUUACUGUGUGUUUACUUUGAUUUGGAGUUUGGCUGAGGCAUUAGACUUGGGAGGUGGAUGUGAAACGCGCCUCCCGAUUUAGAUCUGCAGUUGUUGUGCGUGUUUUUUUGGCGGUUGAACGGCGGAAAUGGCGACGAUGGAGAGUUUGAUUGGGUUGGUGAAUAGAAUUCAGAGGGCUUGCACCGCUCUCGGCGACUACGGUGGAGGAGACCAGGCGUUUUCUUCUCUGUGGGACGCGCUUCCGUCGGUUGCUGUCGUUGGUGGCCAGAGCUCUGGAAAGUCCUCAGUGUUGGAGAGCAUAGUUGGGCGUGAUUUUCUUCCGCGAGGCUCUGGUAUUGUUACACGGAGGCCAUUGGUUUUACAGCUGCAGAAAAUAGAGAAAGGGCAACAAGAAUAUGCCGAAUUUGGGCAUUUGCCAAGGAAGCGAUUCAGUGAUUUCGCCUCGGUUCGCAAGGAAAUUCAGGAUGAAACAGAUCGGAUCACUGGAAAGACAAAGAUGAUCUCUCCUGUUCCUAUUCACCUCAGUAUCUAUUCAUCCAAUGUCGUCAAUUUGACUUUGAUUGAUCUUCCUGGUUUGACCAAGGUUGCUGUUGAGGGCCAACCAGAAAGUAUUGUCCAAGACAUUGAAACCAUGGUUCGCACUUACGUUGAAAAGCCCAACUGUAUCAUACUAGCAAUAUCCCCUGCAAACCAAGAUAUUGCGACGUCAGAUGCUAUUAAACUUGCGAGGGAAGUGGAUCCAUCAGGAGAACGCACAUUCGGAGUGUUGACGAAAUUGGAUCUGAUGGACAAAGGAACUAAUGCUCUUGAUGUUUUGGAAGGAAGAUCUUAUCGUUUACAACAUCCAUGGGUGGGCAUUGUCAAUCGUUCUCAAGCAGACAUCAACCGCAAUACUGAUAUGAUUGCUGCUAGGCGAAAGGAGCGUGAGUACUUUGCUACAAGUCCUGACUAUAGUCAUUUAUCUAGUAAGAUGGGUUCGGAAUAUCUUGCAAAGCUUCUUUCCCAGCACUUGGAAGCAGUAAUUAAGGCAAGAAUACCAAGUAUCACAUCGUUGAUAAACAAAAGCAUUGAUGAACUUGAAUCUGAGCUAGAUCACCUUGGAAGGCCAAUUGCUGUUGAUGCUGGGGCUCAAUUAUACACUAUCCUGGAACUUUGCCGUGCAUUUGACAAAAUAUUCAAGGAGCAUCUCAAUGGAGGUCGUCCUGGAGGUGAUCGAAUUUAUGGAGUGUUUGACAACCAGCUGCCAGCUGCAUUGAAGAAACUCCCAUUUGAUCGACAUCUUUCAGUCCAAAAUGUGAGAAAAAUUGUUUCAGAAGCUGAUGGUUAUCAGCCACAUUUGAUUGCUCCCGAACAAGGUUAUCGACGGCUUAUUGAGGGUUCAUUAAAUUAUUUUAGGGGUCCUGCUGAAGCUUCAGUGGAUGCUGUUCACUUUGUCUUGAAGGAGCUUGUCAGGAAGUCAAUUGCAGAAUGCCAGGAAUUGAAACGGUUCCCAACACUGCAAUCAACUAUAGCGGGAGCAGCCAACGAGGCUUUGGAACGAUUUCGCGAUGAGAGCAAGAAAACUGCGACUAGAUUGGUUGAAAUGGAGUCUUCAUAUCUGACCGUCGAUUUCUUCCGGAGGCUUCCUCAGGAGAUGGAGAAAGCAGCAGGCAGCAACCCCCGUGAGAACCAGCGGGAAAACUCACAAGCUGCCUCCAACGUAGAUCGUUACGCAGAGAUGCACUUUCGAAGAAUAGCUUCAAAUGUAUCUUCAUACAUUCAAAUGGUGUCCGAAACUAUGAAGAACUCAAUUCCCAAGGCUGUGGUUUUCUGUCAAGUUAAGGAGGCCAAACAGAAUCUUCUCAACUACUUCUACGUUCAAAUUGGGAAGAGAGAGGGCAAGCAGCUGGCAGACUUACUCGACGAAGAUCCGGCAUUGAUGGAGAAGAGACAGCAGUACGCUAGAAGACUGGAACUUUACAAGAAAGCAAGAGACGAGAUCGAUUCUGCAUCAUGGAUACGAUGAUGACCCACCCACCCUACAGUAAAGUAAGCACAUACGUGCUUCUCCAUAUGUUAAUGCAAUACAUACACAUAUAGACAACCACCUGUUAUUGCCAAUUCAUUCUUAAAUUACAUUGCAUACGUAACAUCUGGCUUAUUCGAUGAGCUUUUCUUUCUUUGCCUUCAA